AACUUCGACUACCAAGAAUUUAAAUCCUAUUAUGUUGUGUUUGAUGUGGUUUGUCGCAAUACUGAUAAACUUCUUGCUGACACAAAUACAGGGAACGGUUCCACAGGAUUUUAACCAACCUUUGGUAACUUUAAGCGUAGGAAAGAGACAAAUAUGCGCUAACAGAGACGACUCAUUAACACUAAGCUGUACCCUAGCAGUCCAUGGAAGGAAAAAAAGUUUCAAAAAGUGGACUCUAUCAUGGUACUCUGAAGGGAUAAUCUUUACCAAAAAUGUGACACAGAAACAGCAAAAUUCACAUUUGACAACGCAUUUAAGAUUAAAUGCCAUUUGGUCGGGUGACAAGUUAUUUACCUGCGUAGCAAGUCGAUUCGCAAAUAACGCGAGCAAUACGAAGGCAUCUUCCCUAAAUUCCUCAAGUUUGGUAAAAGUUAAAUCACCGGUUCCGUGCAAUAUUAUUGGAUUUCGCUUGAUGGAAAGACCGCUGCUCGAUUCGCUUGACCUAUAUUGGAGGCCAAUUACGUCUUCAGAAAAUGCCGAGUACUCUCUGAAUGUUUGUUCGGAACCAGAAGUGCUAGAAUUGAACCACGUUUGUCUGAAUUAUAAAAGAAUACAUUUAAACAGUUCAUGUUUUCACCGGGAGAAAGAUGUAUACAAUUUGCCCAACACAAAGGGUUUCACGUGCACGGCAAUGAACUUGGAUUUGACAACGCACAAUUUUAGAGCGUACAUAAGCAGCAGAGUAGAAGGGGAAAUUUGUGAACAGAGAUGCAGCGAUGAGAAAACAUUCCAAAUCAACCCUUUUCGUAAUCCUUUUCUAGAACCGGACAUCACUCACAUCACUGAGGUGAUUCUGACCCCGACCCCCAUUAUAAGGUUACGUGGCAUUCCGCGUGCAUCACGCGAGGUAAGUUUAAUAGACAGUUCCCAUUACAGACUAUUAAAUUUUAAAACUAGGCAAGGAGAAACAAAUAAAUUACCACAGCUAGAAAGAGCAUACUAAAAUGAUUAAAAUUGCACAGUUUGGUUGUGAAAUGUUGUAAAAUGCGGGAAAUAUAGCCAUGCAAAGUUUGCAAAUUUUGUAUAUACUUUUGUAUUGCGUGCGAAAAUUGCUAGUAUGCAUUUUCGGCCCAAAUGUAGUGGCAAUUUCCGCACGCAUACAAAAGUAUGCAAAAUUUGCGAACUUUGCAAGGCUAUAAUUUCCGCAUUUUUUGGCAACAUUUCGCAACCAAACUCUGUAAUUCUACUCAUUCUAGUAUGCUCUUUCUAUAGCUGUGAUUUAUUUGCAUCUCCUUGCCUAUGGUUUUAAAAUUAGUUUAUAAUGGAAAUUGUCUAUCUUAACUAACAUAUCUGAAUAUAAUACUAGACAGUGCAGUUCAUUCUUCGCAGGUGUAGAAUAUGACGGCAGUUUGAUAUUACUAGACAAUAGACGUCCGCCUUUACAAGCACUACUUUCCACUCUAAUACGUUAGACGAAUAAUGUUCUUCCUUUCGCAAUACUGUAGAGUUUGGCGCUCAUAUUAUACACUUCCUAAUGUCUCGGCUCCCGAGGGGAAUAGUUUUGUUUUCCCGAGAGUUUCAUUGUUUGCCGAGACGAAAUCAAGAUAAACAUUGAGAUUCGAACGAAAACAAAAUUAAUUCCCGAUGGAACUGCCAUUAAAGCCCCGUUUAUACACUACGCUCAAUUUUUGGUACGGCACGGAUAAAAUUGGUACCCGUACCACUUUUUUGGUUCUUGGACUACCUAUUUAGGUAGUCCAAGAACCAAAAAGUGGUACGGUACCAAAAAUUGAGCGUAGUGUAAGAACCAAAAAAGUGGUAUAACGGGUGCCAAUUUUAUCCGUGCCGUACCAAAAAUUGAGCGUAGUGUAAACGGGGCUUUAGUGUCUUGUUGCAUAGCGACGAAGAAAAACAUAAACAGCAGUUACAAAACAAUGAUAUUUCAUGAAUAAAACUUUGUAAGGUAAAUGUUUUAACAAAGAACCAGAUAUAGAAAGGGUUUCGGCCGCAUUCUGCGUUGCCUGUUGUGUAUUUUGCUUCUCCGUUAGAUACUGCUAUUUUUUGUUAUUCUUUUACUAAUAUGGUGAUCAUUACAUAUAUCUAAACUUAAAAAGCUUAACUGUCGCCGGAAAAACGUGCUUUAUGUAGGUAGCUGGUCGGAGCGGGCAACAAUUAAGUGUUCAUCUGUCGCCCGGUGGGAUACACACGCAAAAAUUUCACAUAUUAUAGCAAGUCUGCCAACAAGUCGUCAACAGGUUGUCUUCGCACUGCUUGUCCCAAGCUGUCAACAAGUUUGGAACAAACUGUUAACAACUUGUAACAACCUUGUUGAUAUUAUGAUACUUGUUGCAGGGUUGUUCUAACAAGUCCGAUACAGUCAUGAUAUAACAAUAUUGUUACGACAUUGUGUCGUCACCCUUGUAACAUUCUUGUUAUAUCAUGACUGUAUCAGACUUGUUAGAACCUUGCAACAAGUCUGAUAAUGCAAUCAUGCAAGUUUGUUAUAAGUUGUUAACAGCUUGCUUCAAACUUGUUACAAAAACUGGGAACAAGCAGUGCGAACACAACUUGCUGACAGCUUGGGAAAAGAUUUGUAACAACAUGUUUGCAGACCUGUAACAACAUCUGCAUUUUUACGUGUGUACCCUGCAUUUAUCUAUAUCCACGUGACCACAAUACAAGGUUUUCACUUUUUUACUCAAUUAUUUCUUGUUGUAGUCAGAUAUUCAGACCCAGUUAAUACACGAUACCCAGAAUCGCUUAUAGGCCGUGGGCUGUUGUGCAAAAAAGUGCCUAGAAAAGCAAUUUCGUGGCACCCUACUGGGAAAUAGAUUUUCUGUGGUUCAAUUCAUAGAACCAUAGAUGCUUAAUUACCACAAAAAGUUCCCAAGCAAAAAACCUGCCCAACACCGAGAAAAUGGGCGAUCAGUGAUUAUCCUCUAUUAAAUUGUAUUAUACAGCAAGAAAAUGUAAAAUUUUGUAUUCAUUUACAACAAAAAUGAGUUGCAUUAUCAGAAAGUUUACAAAAACCUACAUAUAAGACAUUUAAACAGAUUUUUUAUAUCUAUAAUUGUUUUCGAGUUAUACGCUGUCAAAAACGCGUUUUUGACCUAGUACCCAGUCCUUAUUGCGACAUUUUGGUCCAAUUUUCACAUUUAAAACAGCAAUAACUCAAGGACUAUUUGAAAAUUCAAAAAACUGUUUAAAAGUCUUAUAUUCGGUUUUUUGUACGUUUUCCGAUGAUGCAAGUCAUUUUUAUUGUAAUUGAAUACAGAAUUUCGCAUUUUUUUGCUGUAAUACAAUUUAAUUAACAAUUAUUCGCCGAAGGCGAGGUGAUUAUCGGUGAAUAAAAACCGAGACGAAGUCGAGGUUUUUAUUCACGAUAAUCACCGAGCCUGAGGUGAAUAAUUGUUUAUUAUAAUUUCAUAGGUGAUUAUUUGGGAAAAAAUAAGAAAAUACACAUUUCUUCGUCAUUUAAUUGACAAAAAGGCUUCGGCCGCCAUUUUGAAAAUCGCUUAGGUGAUUAUCGCGUAAUAAUCACCUCAAUGGCAACCAAUCAGCGUGGAGAAUUUUCAGUAAUCACCUAUGUAGUAGUAAUUUUCAGUAAUCACCUUUUUUAACCUCACUGACCUACUGAUAAAACUGGAUAGAGUAUCUAUCUUGUUACAAUUGAAACAAAACGCCAGUCCAGUAUACUUUUCAGAUCAGUGGGUAAAAAUUAAAUAUACGUAAUUACAUACAACUGGUACACUAGUAUUUCCCAUUAUGGCCUUUAAACUUCGUAAACACUUUGGGUAUUAUUAUAUCAUAGACAAUUACUGGUAAAGAAAGGCAGAAAGGGCGGAUUGAUGUGGAUACAACUACGUGAAGAAUACAAGUUUUCCUUGUAUUUUUCAGGUAGCUGACUUCAGACCGGGCAUGAAUUCUGACUGGGAUGAAUGUAAACACAAAUACAUUUCAGACCGGUCUCGGCCGUAACCUUGACAUUGGAACAACACAUGCUAACAAAAGCCAUCUAAAAAAGAAAACUGCCUGGCAAGUGGCAAAGGGGAAUAAAUUGAAAAUUUUGUGAUUUUCGUACCAGUCUCAUGUAAACAUGUUGACACUGAUUUCAAUUUUCAUUCCGGUUUGACUUCGUCCCGGUCUCAUAUAAACGGGGCCUUAUUAUUGCCACUACCUAUACACUGGCACAGGGCGAUCAAAAUUACUGGUAAACCAUCAUUGCGCAUCUUAAUUAAUAGAAUUAAUUUAUAAUAAACAAACUAAUUAUGUUUUUACUUUUUUAUUUUCAUCAGAUAACGCUCAUCUGGUCUGAUACACCGCUCGUACACUAUACCGAAAUACGAAUGUACAGAGUGCGUUACAAAUGCUCAGGAGACUCGACAUGGGACACGACAGCAUAUUUAUUUCAGCCAAAGCUGACAUUGAAUAGCGCCAGUUUUCAAAACUACAAGCCUUACGACUUGUGUCGGUUUUGCGUGACAGCCAUAAUAUACCAAGAGGACGGGAUAGACUCUGAACCUCUGUGCAAAGAUAUCCGGCUUCAUGAAGAGCCGCCGAAUAGCGCGCCAAAUAUAACGUGCUCAGGUAACAAGUGUCAAUCCACGCGUGAUGCACACACGCGCAAUGUGUCAAUCACGUGGACACUACCACCGCGCAGGGAUUGGAAAGGAGUCCUAACCGAAGUGAGAAUAUUGUACCACAAUGGUCUCGAAAAAUCUUCAGAAAACUCUUCAGAUUAUGCAAAUAUUAUUAAAAUACCAAUACGAAAUAACACAACAAAAGGCAAAACCUUACUGACAGGUCUUUCAAUAAAUCAGACAUAUUCGAUUGCGAUGGUAGCUUGUAAUAAAGGAGGUUGCAGCCACUCUGGAAAGUCUUUAACACUCCCACCUCUGUCAUUAUCAUCUCAUGUAAUACAUGAAGACUCGGGUACUGGCCUACCCAAAAGAAAGACGAUUAUUCUCGCAGCUUGCAUAGCUACCGUCCUUUUAACGGCAUAUCUUAUUUACGUGUCAUACACUUGUGUACAGACACGUAAGCAACUAGGACCUAAGAUUGAGAUAAAGCUCUGUGAGCCGUCCGGUUAUGACGUCAUUAUGAAUAACGAGGAGAAAGUCGAAUACGAUGUGCUGGUCGUUUCGGACUUAGCAAGAUACGUUGACAUAAGACAACUAACUGGUGAUAAAACACAAUCAAAACGUAGUUGUGACCUCACAGUUGAUUCAGGUGUGCACAGAUAACCCAGGAAGCAAUGUUAAAGGCGAAGAGAGAAAUAGACGACUCGUACUGAACGACUGCAAUUUUACGUUCUAAAGCUGCAUUCCAGUUAAGCGUUCUGUUUUUAAUACGUAUGAAUAUACGCACGGAAAAGUUUAUAUCUUUCUAAAUUUUAUAUAAGUGAUCAUACAUGCACCCUACCGGAAAGUACAUCACUUUGGCUAUAGAGCCUCAAUCACGAAACAAGUAUUACCUCAACAAAUACACAAUAAAACGGCGCUUUCAAUAUAAUGGCAACACCGGUCAGAACAGAAUUUCUCUCUCUGUAUUAAUGGAAGACCUGGUUCAGGCGAAAAUGGAUCUCCAUCAAAAUAGAUCUCCGUCAAAAUUGAUCCAAAUUUUCGGAUCAGAUUGCACCGAAGUCCAAAUGUAUUGUUUUCAAUUAAAA